CCUCUAGUCCUUAGCCAUUCCCGGUACUCUCGAGAUAAGAUUGCGGUUGCGUGGCACAUAAAAAGAACUGUAUCGACCGUCGCCCUUCAGUCGAUCAUCAACGUCAACAUGAACGCCAAAAUCAUCCUUGUCGCCGUCGCGGCCAUCUGCUGCUUCCAGGGCAUCGCCGCGGCUAGCGUCGCUCGUCCUCUACCCUGGGCUGAGCAGCAGCAGAUGUUCGAGCUCGACCUUGACCAGUUUGACCUUGACAACCUGGAUGUGGAUGCCGUCCUUGACAACUUGGUGAUGACCCUGGAAAAAAUGAGUGCUCAGGCUUUCGAGGUCUCCAACAGCAACCACAAACUCGGAGCUCCUAGGAAUAUUUUCACCUGCAUCACCGCCCUCACCAGCGUGUUCAAGGAAGCUAAGGAAGUAAAGCAGUUGGUGGAUGAGUUCAGCAAAAUCAAGAAGGAUCUCAAUGAUGCUAAGGAAGCGUGCAAGACCCCUACUGCACCCGAAACCACUGAUGAUUGCAACGAGAAGGCCACGAAGGCGUAUGAGGUCGCCCAUGCUGCCGCCAAGGGCAAGAUUCUCCCCACUGUUAUCAAGUCCUUAACCACUCUUUUCUCUCUGAAGGCUUGCCUUAGCAUCGUUUAAGUAAAUAAAGCACCAAAUGUUUUAUGGUAUAAGUGCAAUUCCAUUGUCAUGACUAAUAAAUGACUCGUCCGCUACAUUUGAGCUUUUGCAAAAACUUAGAUUGUGGCUUGACCAACCACUAUGUGUUGCCUGCAGUGGGGCUUUGACGCGAAGACGGCAGUAAGUUCGGUUUGGAACUACUUCCACGCGGAUACGAUUUGCCAAGGCCAACCGGACCCCGUCAUCUGUAAGAAGAAUAUUGUCUCGAAUCUCUGGAACUCCGGGAUCGACUUGCUAAUUGACCCGAUCAUAACUUACACUGAUUGCACUGACCUUCUGGCGUAACUGUAAAUACUGAAUAAAAAAAUACAUGAAAUAGA